CGCUAGUUCCAUCCAACCCGUCCGUCUCUUCAGGUCAACUCACUCAAGACAAUAAUUGCUUCGAGAACCCAGAAAUCAUGACCCUAAUGCUCGGGCGACCCCUAACCACACGCACUAGAUCGUCGGGGAUAGAACCAUUUCCCACUGCUCUCACCGGGGCCCGGCUUCCGGUCGGCCUAUCAUGUAGUACACGCAUCUCACAAGCCGCAUGACACCAGACAGCCCAGACACCAUAUCGCAACAAAGAAGGGGCCCUAGUCUAGGUCUAGGACUAUCACUGACUGCAGCCUACUGCACUGCUGUCGAUUCAAGCUCUCAGCUCGAGUGGGUGCUAGUGUGCCCUGGUGAGUGCCCAGCCAGGCCAUGAAUGCUAGGCCGUGCCAUGGUCAUGGUCAUGGCCAUGGUAAUGCUAUAGAUGCAGCAUCCCCAUGUUGGUUCCCUUCUUCUUCCUCUUCUUUCAACCUUAGUCGCUUCAUGACCGUUGCGGUUACCUUACCCAAUUCUACCCUGUCGUGUGAUGAUCCCCCUCCUCAUUCCUUCGGCCCCCCAUUUUCGGCCCUCAUAUUGACUUACACGCCCACCUCAUUGUCACAUACUCUUUCACCACAACAUCCCUUCUUGAAGUUCCAGUCAGCCUCUCUACGAGUUUCGACUACUUGAUCUCAUCAUGGAUGAUGUAGCCGACCUUGUCAUCGCGCCCUUCCGCGACAUUGUCGAAAAGGGCCGUGAGGCAACACAAAACGCUGGCGAUGAUAAGACAAUGCUCAAGGCCUCCCAGAGCCUGACAAAAGAAGGCGAGCGUGCACUCAAGAAAAUUGAACCCUUAUGUCGAAAACACCUCGACGAAUAUGGCUCUAACUUUCUUGAUGCUCUCAAGGAAAAUGGUAAGUCGUCAUUUCAUCUUCAGCCCGCCUUGUUAUUUCGAUCGACAUUGAUUGACUUUGCCGACCCAGACGAAAUCGCGGCCUUCCGAACCGAGCUCAACGAACUGCUUUGGGAGUUUGACGACUACAUUGAAUUGGACGAUUUUGAGCCUGAAAAGUUCGCCGAACUACAAGCCCUCUCGAGGAAGGCUGCGCCAAAGGUUUACGACAUUCUCAUGCGCCUCAAGCUGGAGGUUCCCUAUGAUCAUGACAGUCGCUCCAUCAUGACUCGAAUGUCCGGGUCACAAUCAAGACCAAUCUCGCCAGAUGCACCCCCUCUUCCGCCGAUAUACCCGUUUUCCGAUUUGAAAAAAGAUAUUCCCCGAAGCGCCUCCUCACUCGCUGAAAGCCGAUCUAGCAAUGAUCCUGCAACGGUCGAAGCAGCUACUGCCGAGUUGCGGCGCAUGAUGCAGUCUCGAUCAGGACCGGAUGAGGGUCUAUAUGCCGAACCACCAAGACCCAGCCAUACGCCCCAGGCUGUACUCACACCCGUUGAGCCGCCUCCAAGACCACCAUCAGGUAACCCAUGGGACUUCAAUGUCAAGACCUCACCGAAGCCACGCGACAACCAUUUCCCAGAAGACUUUUCCUUCGAAAGGAGACAGCCCGUGGCCCCAGUAGAAUCACCCAUUGAGCCGAUUUCACCACCUCUGAGCCCAGAUUCAGGUAGGGAACUCCGUCCGCGCCCACUCAAGAUGGGAGGAGAUCGCUCGUCUCAGUACAGCAACGACUCCCAAGUUAGUUCAGUGGGCAUGGAAUCAGGGACGUAUGAACGAACAUACAGUGUCUUCCCAACACCACGAGGUCGCUAUUCGAGCCACAACUCCAUCUUGUCUACAUCCAUCCCCGAAGAUGUGGUUUCAGAAAGGGCCAGCACAGGUUACGUUUCGCAGCUUUCUCCAAGGACGGUUCCGCCUCGAUCGCAUUCGCUUCCUCAGUCUCGCCCUGAAUCAGUCGAAACCAAUCCUGGCUCUGUCUUUGACUCGGGACGACACGAUGGAGUGACCACCCCCCUCACAGACAACCGCGAAUCCUCAUAUUCAGUGGCAGAUGGUAGUCCGACACUCGGCACUGCAGAAUUAAGUCCACUGCCGGUAAAGCCUCCGCCAGUAACCAACUACCAGGGCAUGCUUGAACCAGUACAGCCUGUCAUGAUGCCAGAAGUCGAUAACCUACCGAUUCCCGUGGAAACUGAAAUUACGAUCCCCGAACACCCACCAAACCCGUUUGCCAUUGACUGCAAACUCAACCCUCAGAGUUCCUUCUAUGUUCACAAAGGUUUUUGCGAUGGGGCAAAGGAAAUAUUGAAUGGCGGUGCGGGAGUCAAGAAGACUGUGAAAGCAGGGUUCGCAACGGUAGCGACAAUUGCAAAAUGUGUCAAGUGUCACUUCGAGCUCGAUUUUAAUGAAAUCGACUUGGAUGUCAACAAAGCUGAACGAGGAAACUUCAUCAAGAAUGGUAUCGGCUAUAGGUUGCGAUUCCUUCAAAAGUCCCAUUUGCCAACUCGGCGCUCUGAUGAUGUUCUGUAUGGUUGUGUGUUUUGUAUUACCCAGGGCAAGACUCUUCACGCCAGUGACGCAACUGUGUUCAUCAGCCAGAAAGCCCUUUUUGCUCAUUUGGCUCGCCAUCCUCGUCCUCUGCCAGCAGUCCCAGGGUUCACAGUGAUCGACCAGACUGAAGUUCCUGCCGAAUAUAAGAACGACUAUGACCUUCAUUUCAAAUCACCUGUUGAAACACACCCUGCAAUUGAGAAAGCUGAUGAGAUAUCGUAUUUGCCAACUGCAACCAGCAAGGAGGCUGCUCGCCGUAUGUACGGCCAAAGACUGUUGUACGAUAGGACGCCGGCGCUUGAAUUGGUUGUUAACGCAAGGGUUUGCGGCCUUACUUGGCCUGCAAAGUAUCUUGGAGAAUGGGCAAUGGGUUGGUACGACGGCCAAUGGGCUUCAGUUCCUACGGAGAUCAUUAAGCUGGAUCCGCCACCAUCCAGUCAGAUCAAGAUCGACGGAACCAGCCCAGUCCAAGUCACCGCAAGAUGGAAGUUUAACCAAAAGGACAAAGUCAAGGGUGACUGGCUUAAGUUUGAGAAAGAUGAAGUCAUUACCAACGUCAGCUGUAAGUUGUCCCUCAAGACGCAUGUCAAGGAAAGACUGUUUAUCUGACUCGCAAAUAGGGCCUUAUCAAGAAUUUUGGUGCUGGUCGGGGACGAAUUCCAAGGGCAAGACAGGAAUCUUCCCUCAGGCGUUCAUUGACAUAGCCACGCUACGCGGUUUUGGCAACUCAGGCUCUGACAGAGCAAGUAUCGUGAGUAACGAGAGAAACAAGUCCUUGUCUGUUUUGUCUCGGUUCUCGUCUCGCAAAGCCAGCCGAGCAGGAAGACCUGGAAGCGUAGCCGGCUCGAUCAGCAGCAACGAGAUACCGUCGCUUCCAACCCCGAUCAUGAGCAGUGCAAGCGUACGCGAUUAAAAAAAAAAUCGAGGAGUCCCUUGAUGGAAUGUAAUAUGUAUGACAAACCAAGAUGUAUUCGUUGCGACGAAGGGCGUUGGGUGGCGUAUUUGCACUAUACCCCAGGAUAACUAGUCCUUUUCAUUUGUUUUGCUUCAUCAUGUAGACUAUUUUUAUCAUGUUCUCUUUCCUUUUGGAGAAAGUCAGAUUAUGACUGGUAGCUCAAUUCGAAUGUUGAUAUGACCAUGUCCGC